AAAUUGAGUGUCAGAGCAAUUAAGUAGAUGGAUGAUUUCAUUUAGACAUUUUUGUAUAGUUGAUUUCUUUCUUCAUUUUACAAUCAAAAAAGAACCUUUUACUCAGAGGAAUUGGAACUGGUUUAAAACAGUGGAAACAAAGAAGAAUGUCAGAAGCCUCUCCGUUAUCGAGGAAAACAAAUGAAAAAGGUAGGAAAAGUGGGAAACUUGAGAGCAUUCAUCCUAAACGGGAAAAAUCAGAUUCAUCAAAAAACGCGAAUGAUGAUGAAUCUGGCGAGUUAGGGCCAGUGGAAAAAGCAAAUGUAUCAAGUAGUCCUAAAAAGAUAGAGCAAGAGCGGAUGGAUGCCGAUUCUGGCUAUGAAUGGGAAUAUGAGAAGGCUUUGGAAAUGGCGAAGGAAUGUCGGUUGCUGGCCGGCUUAGCAGAUGAAAUGUCGAAGGUUUUCUGCAAAGUAUUUGCAGAGCAUAGUAAGGAGAUUGAUGGACCACAAAAAUAUUUUGAGAAAUUUGACGAUAAUUUCCUUGGUAAGGUACGAGAAUUUUCAAAUGACCUGGUUUCAACAUAUGGCCUAGACUUUUUGACGAUUUUCCUUUCCUAUAUUCAAGCAAAAGAAGCUUACCGGAAAUUAUUCGAGCAUUUAGAAGACUCUUUGGGUACUAUUCAGUUUUUUACAGGGAUGAUUGAUUUGUUUGAUGUAAGUAAUAAACAUUUCGUUUUAAUGGAAAUCGUCAUAGACAAUUUACUCGUGCUUGACGAAGAUUCCGUAUUUUACACGGAUUCAUUGGUGUUGUUUGAGGAAUUGCUUGUACGUUAUUGUGCUUCUAAUAAUUUCCCUUACAAGAAGAAUCCCAUCAACUUUCUGUUCAAUAUGCUUCCUUACAAAUCUGUUGAUGCCUUAAAUAGCGUAGCGAGGUCUGUUUGGAAAAAGCAAAAUAUCUUUGAUUUCUUAAAAACUACUAUUGAAAAAGUUAUAUCCUCUCCUCCUAAACACUUUUCCCCAUACCCGACGUUCGUGGUUGCUGUCAUUCAGUUUCUUGUUCAAUCCCAGAAUGUAAAACGAUUACACCAUGCUCCUUUUAGUGCUCAAAAUUUAGUUACCCAUCCAGAAGGCGAUCAAAUACUCGAUCGUUUACGAAAGCGAGUAUCCAUGUCAGGGAGUCCUCCAGGACGGGAGCCUGAAAAACCUGCGGAAACAGAUAUUUCGGAUGCUGGCGGGGAGAAUCAAAACGAUUCUGUAACCGAAAACUUGACGGUGCUUCAACCUCAAGACGAGGAGGCUAAUGAUCAAAUAGACGAGGUUUCAGAAGUGCAACCAAAAGAGGCACCACCACCUAUUGUACACGAAGAAACAAUUGAAUCGUCAAGUAGUAACAGAGACAAAAUUAAAAAUAGGAGUGCUUCAGAAAUAGAAGUAUUAAAGUCUAUUUCCGAAGAAUUAUCCAUUGUCUUAGCAUCGUUGUCUGAGCAAACCAUUACCUCUGUUCAUAAUCAGACAUCUUCGCUCAUACAAGUAAUCGAAGAGAGAGUUUUCGCUUUACAUGAGCAAAAUGCAGGAAAACAACGGACAACUCCUUCAGUUUCAGUUCAAGUUCCAAUCAGUACUACCUCAGGUGCUGUAUCCGAAGUUUCUAGUGUGGAAGAUGAUGAGGAGUUUCCUCCUAUUCGAGAUGCUUCUUUGCAAACCCCUUCUGAUUCUAAUAGGGCGACUGUAAUGAGGACAUCUGCAGAAAAGGCUGAAGGACGCUCUGAUAAACGGCGACAGGUUUCUCCAUAUGAAGGUUACAGAUUCCGCAGAAAGUGGACGGAAGAGCAGGAGCGUGAACUAUUCGACAUGAUAGAACAGUACGGCUGCAGUUGGUCAAAAAUUGUUUACAUGCAAAGAAUUGAUAAGAGGCCUUUACAUGAUUUCGCACCUACCCACAUUAAGGACAAAGCAAGGCUAAUUAAAGCUCGCUAUAUGAAACAAAAUCGUCUUCAGAAUCUGUAUCAACAUUCGCCCAACUGGAAGUAUGUUACAGUCGGACCGGCAUAUUGUGAAAUCCAUAAAAUUCCUUACACCAAAGAAGCUUCAAUUACGCAGUGAACUUUUAAUUUCUUGGACCUUUUUGAAAUGAAAAUCCUUCUAGUUCUUUAAUGCUUUAAACAUUGGUUUCAACAUAAUUGAUCUUGUUUCUGGUUAAAAAGGCCAUUAGACAAGUUUUUUUUUUGUUACGAACAAAUUUAGCUAUGUUCUAUCAUUUUACUUAAUUUAUUCAAUUUAUGAG